AUGGAGAACGACAGGACUCUCGACAACCUCGAUGAGCUAAACGCGUAUGCUCCCUAUGCGUAUCUGAAGAGUGAGGACAAUGUGGAAGAGCGACCGGAUUGGUUAGGCGGAAGUUCGAACAUACCCAGAGCCCCUGAAGACUUCUAUGGUGAACGGUCUGAUCGAGUAUUGAAGAACCCGCCGCUCAAGCCAGGACCUGUGCAAGGUCGGAAACAAUGGAACUACUUUAGCAGACAUGGCUCUGAGGACCGUGACAAGCCGUCAGAUCGCCUGAAAGAACGUGGAGGGCACAGUUCCGCGCCAGCGGUGCUCAUCGUUGUGCCCAAGGAAGAUGGAGUGGUCGACGCAUUCUGGUUCUAUUUUUACAGUUACAACCUUGGAAAUAAGGUACUGAACAUCCGAUUCGGUAACCAUGUGGGAGACUGGGAGCACUCAAUGGUCAGAUUCCGCAACGGUACCCCUGAAGCAGUGUACAUCUCAGAACACGGAGCGGGAGAAGCAUACGCAUACCACGCCAUCGAAAAGUACGGCAAGCGACCAGUCAUCUACAGUGCAACAGGCACACAUGCCAUUUAUGCAACACCGGGAUUACACCCGUACGUGUUGCCGUGGGGCCUCUUGCACGACCAGACCGAUAAAGGGCCGCUAUGGGAUCCAAACUUGAACCACCAUGCGUAUGUGUAUAAUCAUACGACUCGACAUUUGAAGUCAUCGGCGCAGACACCAUAUGCACCGGUGAGUUGGUUUAACUUCAAGGGCCACUGGGGAGACAAAAUCUACCCCAUGAGCGAUAAGCGGCAGUACAGAUUCUGGGGACAAUAUCACUAUGUCAGUGGACCGUUUGGGCCCAGAUUCAAGAACCUGGGACGUAAGAAGGUGUGCCAGCGCAUGCAAGCACAGUGCAUAAUCAGACAUUGGCUUGGAGAUGAGGAAGGUAGUGAUGACGGGGAAAAGAGGUUGCCAGGAGAAGAAAUAGGGGACGAGGUAGGGGGCCCAGAGACGACAGAGUAG